AUGAUUAAGCAGAAGCCAUCAGUUUGGAGGGCGCUUAGGUCGCUUGCCUUGAUCCUCUCAAUUCCCCUCAUUAUACAAUACCUUGUCCUCAAAUGGUACAGCACAUCACAGACUGCACCUGCGACAAAGGUGCAUGAGCCUCAGUAUGAAACAAAUCUUACUGUUUGGGAGGUCCUUAACAAAGAUGAACGCGUUUCCAAAUUUGUCGAGAUUGUGAGCAAACUGCCUGACAUUGUCCGGGGUUUGUCAGCGCCACAGGGUCGCUUCACUGUCUAUGCCCCUGUCAACGAAGCUUUCGACUCCUUUUACUUUCCACCUGACCCUCCACCAUUCUUCAACCUUUUCAUUGCAGGAUGCCAUAUGGGACCGGGACCUGUAUCCGCUGAGCGGCUUCAGACAUUGGGCACGGUCCCGUCCUUUGUCAAUGGGGACAUCUUCUUUACCUACAAGCAGCGCAUCAGUGUACAGCACACAAGCGAUGGGUUGACACUUAACCACGCGGCUCAACUUCUCCCACUGAAUAAGUCGCAAUCAGUGGCAGUGAAUGGAUUCAUCCAUCACAUCGACACCGUCUUGGUACUUCCCAACUCAACUGCCCAUGCCCUUCGUACCCGACCAGAGCUAUCAACCUUUCGGCGAGGCCUUGAGACCUCAAAGCUUUCUGAAGGUAUCUACGACACCAACGCGCAUGUAUCUCAGACCAUCUUUGCUCCAACCAAUGCUGCAUUUGGCCGUCUUGGAAAAAAGGCAACUCAAUUCCUGUUCAGUCAUGGGGGCAGUCCCUAUCUCCGUGCUUUGCUUAAGUAUCAUGUAGUGGCCAAUAAAACACUUUUCAGUGAUACUUAUUGGCCACACAAUGGAGCUGAGUUACUUGAUCUAACUGAAACUAAAUCCAAAGAACCUCACCAGUUCGAUCUGUCGACACUACAUAAGAAUCUCACACUGAAGGUUGAUAGUUCAAAAGCACGGAAAGCUUGGGGCCUAAGUGUUGCUAAAGGUAGUGACAGUGAAGGUAAGAGUGAUGGUUUUGUCCCAAUUUCAACGCCCGAUAUCAUCUUGAUGGACGGGGUCAUACAUCUUAUAGAUUCUGUUCUUUUACCUGAAGCUAUUUCGCAGAACAAGGACGGCUCUUGGUUAAAUAGACUUACUGCAGGGUUGGGAAGUAGCAAGCUAAGUAUCGAGGAGUUGACGGACUUGCUUGGGCCUUAUAUCGAUGAGUUCUGA